UUCGAACUUCCAUUCAGUUUGUCAAGUCUUGUCCAAGAAAGUCAAGAUCCAGAAUCUCAAAAAAACUUGUUUGGUAAAUCAAUAUUUAUAACCGAAUGGGAAAUAAAAUUUAACCAAAUAAUAAAACAAUUACUAAAUAAAAAUGGAAGAAAAUUUGAAAUUAGAGAAAUUGAUGAAGAAGUAUUAGCUAAUAUUGAGAAAGGAUGUUGA